GCCCUAACACUUCGCUCUACCCCUCUGUCUCAACAAAAAUCAGGACGCCCUACCCCUAGAAGUAAACACUCAAAACAGAAGGCAGAGUGGUAGGGGCGAGGGGUGAGAUGGGAUUGGGCCUUACUGUCGAGUUCCAAAAUGCCUCUGGAAUAAAUGUCUGCACAUGAUCUGUUUGGAGAUUUAUGGUUUGGGUUUCCACUGCCUAGCAGCCACACGCAAACCAAAGAUCACCAUGCGCAAUGCCAAGCAUUAGCUGGAGUGGAGUAAAACACUCCGCUGUUGGAUUCUGGGGAAGUUCUCUGGACUGAUGAAACACACUUCACCAAAUGGGAGAGAACACUACCUGCAGAAUACAUAGCAGGUUUAGUGGAGAAGAAGUAAUUGUCUGUAGCAGUUUAUGAUUUGGCCUGGACAGUUGAGAACAUCAGGUGAAGGCAAUAAAAUUCAGGGCCCUCCAAGGAGAAUCAGGAAGGUUGGCAAGUGGUGCUUUUUACUUGCAGCUGCCAACUAAAACCAAAAGCGAAGAGAAAAGGAGAGCCCGCCCUCUACUGUGGUUUCAUGAGGUUUGCUUUUGUUGUCUGAGUUCAGACAUGCGAACACAUAACGAGCAAGAUGAGUGCUGUGUUGAAGCUGCUGCCGCUGGUGGCAGUGACUCUGCUGGUUUCUGCUCAGGAAUGGAAGAACUAUGGGGACUUGCCUGAUUCAUACAGAGUACACGUUGACAAGGCACUGCAUGACGCCAAUAGAAAUUUUGGGGAUGCUUAUCAUGUCGCCUAUGACAUGCUCUUGUCUACCCCAAGAAUUACAGGUAGUGUCUUCUAUGUAAAUGUGCGUCUGAUGGUCACAACAUGCAGGAAGGAUGAACAGAAAGGUUUUGGACAUCGAGAUGAAUGUGUUACACGAAAAUCUAAAACGCCCUGGAUUGACUGUGUUGUGUGUAAGCCAAAAAAUGGUGAAGAACUGAUUGACUGUGCAAGACAAAAGGAUGUCAAGGACAGAAAGAAAAUUCGAAACAGGGUGCUCAGAUUACCGCCCUGGUACUGGAAGUCUUUUAGGACAAUACUGAGCAGCAGACUGGACGUCUCGGAAGUGACUGACUUUGAGGCCCUGAUACUGCACAUGUUAACCUGGAAGCACAAAUUCUUAAAAUCUUGUUUUCAAGAUAUUUAAUGCAAUAAAAAUAAUCACCAUUAAAGCGAUAGUUUCUCAUAAAAAA